CUGCGCAUUCCUUCGCCGUGCCCGCGAUGUUUGUGAGUUGUGUCAUACCCGGAGGGUGAUCUGAAGCGAUCUCCCGGGCCGGCCUCAGGCUGACAAACCCUUCACAGGAUCGUCUCUCUCUCCAAGACACAAGUGCGACACCUUGGUGGCUGUGGACUCCGGCCUGUAGGCGCCCUCAACAGGUUUCGUGCUCGACAACCACCACGAUGCAAGGCCUGGCGAAUGCAGCGCCAGCAGACAGCUAUGGCAGCUCUGUACGGCAGAUUGCACCGCCGUCAGGCAUCCCGAAUGCUUCUGCAUUCCCGCCCGUGCAUGCAGCGGCGUCCCAGUACCAGCCGUUUGCAGACCCCUUCCCGCAGGCAGCAGGGCUCACAGCACCCGCCCAGUACGCGAGCUCCCAGCCUGUCAUGCAGGAAACGGCAUCAGUCCAACCACAACCGCAGCAAAAUGCAAGCAAUGCUGCGGCGCCGGGGCCGCAACAGCAGCUCGCCGUGCAAGUCCCGCAGCAGCAGCAGCCAUACCACCAGCUCUACCAGCACCAAAUGCAGCAGCAGCAACAGCAGUAUGCACAGCAGCUGCAGCACGCUCAGCCGCAGCAGCGGCCACCGCAGCAGCAGAUGCCCUUGCCUGCGCACCCACCUGUGCAGCAGCAGCAGCCGCUGCAGCGGACACUGGCGGCAGGCCAGGCCUCAGCAAGCAUGAACGGCUACGCUCAGGCGCGCCCGCAGCAGGCAGUUGCGCAGAGGCCGCCGUACGCAGGCCAGCAAGCACUGCGGCCCAAUGGCGCUGGAGUGGGGAGGCCGGCUGGCAUGGCUCCCAUGGCGUCCUACUCGGCGCCUGCGGUGCCGCAGGUGCGGCCGCUGGGGCCGGCCACGCCGCGUCGCACGAGCAUGCCCUUCAAGCUCAUCAUGCCAAACUCCAACAUGCGCCCGGUCCCGCCGACCAUCCAGCCAGGGCGCGGCCUGAUGGCGGCCCCUAGGCCGCCUGCGCCGGCUGCGGGUUCCCCCCGCCCCCAGGUUGUCAUGGGCGUGCCUGCUGCCGGCCGGGGAGGCCCGCAGGGGGUGGCACCUGCCGCGCCGGCUCUGGGGGUCCCAGUGCCGGGGAGGCCGAGCAUGCGGCCUCCCAGCCAGCCCCAUGUCAACGUGAACGGACCUGCCGACACGUGA